AUGUAUGCUUUUGAGAAGCAAUUUCGUGCAGCAUACACAAACGCAAAAUUUAAAGAGGUUCAAGUAGAAAUGAAACGAUUAUUGUAUUGUCGUGCGACUCUUGUGGAAGAGAAAGGAUCAAUUUGUACUUAUCAUGUGAAAGAGGCUAUUCCAGUUGGUGAGCAAAUGAAGAAAGUGGAAUUUGUUGUGUACUGUAAUUCCAUUGAAUGUGACAUCCAAUGUAUGUGUCGGUGGUUUGAAUUUAGGGGCAUCAUGUGUGCCCAUUCACUUAGUGUGCUCCUUGAGAGGUCCACAUAUGAGGUUCCGGAUAAGUACAUUGUGCAGAGGUGGAGAAAAGAUUUGGAAAGAGGGUACACAUGCAUUCCUACCACAUACACUACAUAUGGGGUUGUUCUGAAUGCAAAGGUACAUGAUAACUACCACAAGACAAUGGAUGAAAUUAUAGAAAUUGCUUCCAACGAUGAUGCUAAGCACAAAGUCAUUCAACUUGGGUUAAUAGAAAUCAAGGAUAGACUGAGACAGGUUGAGGCCGGUUGUGCGAGUAAUUUGCCACCUUCUACUAGUGGUGUCCCAUAUUCUACUAGUACUGUCCAACCUUCUAAUACUUCCCCCAAAACUCAGGCCGGUCGUAGUUCUACAAAUGCAAGCAUGACUCACAAGGUGCUUAGUCCUAUGGUUGCUCGCCGAAGAGGUCAUCCAUGUACAAAACGGAAAGUUAGCAAAGUGGAUGAAAUAGUAAAUCGGUUGAAGGGGAAGAAUAAAAGGGCAUCAAAAGGUCGUAAGUUGAAUUUUGCUUCUAUGGAUGGAAUGCAAGCGAGUCUGUGUAUUGAUGGCACACAGGAGAGUAUGUACGUACCGGCACAAGGUAGCCCAAUGCAAAUGAUGGAUAAUAUUGGAAGCGGAUCUGUUAGUCAUUCACAAAUGGUCACCAAUAUAAGCAGUCAAAGUGGACCAAUUGGUUCAAAAUUUAUUGAGUUGAAUAUAGAUGUGGAUCCAAAUGCCCCUUUCUAUUUCUAG